AUUUUCACUUCUCCUCAUUCUAAUUUCUCAUAGAAAAGUGAAAAGUCCAAGCGCAUUUCCCUGUGGAUUUGUUAAUUUCUCUUUACUUUAAUCUGCAGAGCAGAGAAAUAUAAAAAGAAAUUGCAAUUUAAACAAACUUUUUUAUAAAAUUAAUAAUAAAUAAGUAGUGGAAUUGUUGCAAUAUGGCCAACUGUGAACAUCCCCCACAACCAAACAGCGGCUAUGCUCCGCGUCGUUUGUAUCAAAAUCAAAAUGGAACUGCCCCACAGCCGAUAGUUGGCGGGAAGGGAUUACCCGUAGCCGGGGAUAAUAUCGAUCAGUUACAUUUAUCCCAUCAAUCUGGUCCGCAUUCAAUUCAAGGCUCGGCACAACCACCCAAGCAGCAAGUUCAUGGUGGGGCAAAAUUUAAUAAGAAGGAUAAAACCGCGGAGGUUAUAGCGAGUAUGGAUAAGAUGACUAUUGAGGAAUCGUUGAAGUUGCACGAUUCAAAUAAUUUGGCUAUGAAAACUCCGGUGUCGAUUCUGCAGGAGUUGCUGAGUAGACGUGGAAUCACUCCAAGCUAUGAACUGAUUCAAAUGGAAGGCGCAAUUCAUGAGCCUACUUUUCGCUAUCGUGUCUCCUUCAACGACAAGGAGGUUCCAUUCACUGCAAUGGGCGCGGGACGCUCUAAGAAGGAAGCCAAGCACUCUGCAGCUCGUGCAUUGAUUGACAAACUCACCGGUGUUCAAUUGCCCGAGAGUCAAGCUAACGAUGUCGAUGCUAAUUCUAAUUGUGGAGGAACUGGAGUAGAGUCAAAGGGAUCCUAUACUGAGAAAGUUAUGGGCAAUCCAAUCGGUUGGCUGCAAGAGAUGUGUAUGUCCCGUCGCUGGCCACCACCAACCUAUGAAACUGAGAUGGAAGUUGGCUUGCCUCACGAGCGUCUCUUCACCAUCGCGUGUACCAUUCUCAAUUUCCGAGAGAUGGGUAAAGGCAAAAGUAAGAAAAUCGCUAAACGCUUUGCAGCCGGAAAGAUGUGGCAACGUCUUCAGGAGAAUCCGCUUGAUAAUGCCCAAAUAAAUGACUCAUUCAGAACCGGAUUAGACGAUGAGAAUCGCAAUUUUUCAAAUUAUUAUGGUGAUUUGAAGGAUAUGCAAGUGCCCACAAUAACAAGUCAACAUAGUCAUAAAGUAUCUCAGUUUCAUAAGUCAUUGAAAAAUGCUGCCGGGGAGAAAUUAACUAAAUUGCAGAAAACUUGCCUGAAGGCUCCUUCUCUGAAUCAUAUCCAACUUCUUGCUGACAUUGCUCAAGAAAAUCAAUUCGAAGUAACUUAUGUUGAUAUCGAAGAGAAAACAAUAUCAAAUCAAUGUCAAUGUUUGGUACAAUUAUCCACAUUACCAGUGGCAGUUUGUCAUGGCUCUGGGGCCACACAAGCCGAUGCACAACGUCAUGCUGCUCAAAAUGCUUUAGAAUACUUAAAAAUCAUGACCAAAAAGUGAAUUGAAAUGAAUUCCUUCAUAACUUUAUUGGCAUUUUAAACAAAUUGCAAAGAAAACAACUUAAAGGCCAACUCUUCUUGUAGCAAGAACAAUAAGAACCAAAAACACAACAAAAACUUUUAAAAGAAUGUUUAAAAUUCGCAGAGGAAAGAAGAAAACAAAAUUUUAUUAAAAUAUGUAAUAUGUAACUCAAAUUACUAUUGGUCGUGAUUUUCUUCUCCAAAUGUUGAGAAAGUGGAAGAAAAAACUUUAAUUUUUUUUGUUUAAGUUUCUUUUUGUUUGUUUUCUUUUUAACACAAAAGAAAAAUAAUUAUGUAAAUGUUUUUGUUUUUUGGUCUGUGAAAAUCUGAGAUAAUUUGAAUGGACAUUUUUGUUGUUGUAGAAAUGCUCAUUAGCUUUGCCAUGAGUUGGAAAAUAAUAAGAUACAAACAAUUUAAAUAAUUUUAGGUGUUUUUGAAUUUUAACAGAUACAAGAUUCAAAUUUGUUUUAGAAAAUAAUUGUAAAUUUAAAUCUAGAUUUGUUUCAAUUUUUAUAGCAUCAGAAUUAAUACCAAUCUAUAUUUAUCUCAUAUUUACAACUCAUGGCGAAUACAAAAACAAAUGAGCAUAUUUUACACAAAAUAAGAACAAAACAAAUGUCUCAGAAUUUCAUAUAACUUAAAUAUAUAAUAAUACAAAAAAAAAAACAAAAGAAUUAAACUAUAAUAAUCAACUAAGAAAUUUUAACUAAAUACAUAAAUAACUGGUAUAAAAUAUAAUAUUUAAAUUGUGUGUGUCUAAAAAAUAAAAUUUAAAAGUAUCGAUAUUAAUUCUUUUCACACUAGAGGCUUUCACAUAAAACAAACAAACAAAAUCAUAAUAUCCUCUUCUAAUAUCAUCCAUUUGCAUUCAAUUUAAUGUAAGUACAUAAAACAAUGAUGAAUAAAUAUAAACAAAAACACAAAUAAAAAAAAAAUAAAACAAAGAAUUUAACAUAGUAAAAGCGGUUUAUAAGGGAUUUAUAUUUUAAAUUGUUAGUUAUUUAUGUAACUAGUUUCAAAUUAACCAUUGCUAUAAUAUGAAUACAAAAUAAGAAAAAAAAAGACAAACAAAAGGAAAUUCAUUUGAAAGAAAAACAAAAAAGGAAUUCGAGAAAGAAAAAACAAAAAAAUAUGUAACAUCCAUAGUUGCAGUCUAUGGGUAAAUGUUAAAAUUUGUACAAGCUAUACUUUGCAUAGAGCUAAUGAAGUUUUCCAAUUAUUGUUGUUUUUUUUUAUAUAUUUUUGAAGAAAACAAAAAAUUAUUAUAUAUUUUUUAUUUUUAACUGCAAAUAAAAACAAAAUAUACCUAUAAAGUAUGUAUAUCCAGUAAAUUUUGAAUAAUGACAAAAUUGCAACUAUAAAUCUCGGAACUGAAGAAAACCAACAACACAAAUAAUACAUAAAAUAUAGAAUUAGAAUUUUUGAGAAUAAAAGCAAAAUGAAAAGUAAUUUAAAAUUAAAAAAGGAAAACAAAAAAAGAAUAUUAAAUCUAGACGAAAAUAAUAAAGGAAAAUCAUACAUUAUUUUAGUGCAAAGUGUAGAGGUUGUAAUUUAAAAAAAAAAUCCAUCUUUCAUGCAACAAAAUGGAAGUGGAGAAUAUAUAAUUAUUGUAUCCCCUUAAAUCCUUAUGUAUCACAUAAAUUAAAAUAGAUUUUAAGUAAAUUGCUUGUGAAUUUUCAUUUAAGUUUUUGAAUUUUUUAAAAGAAACUCGAAGAAUUAAAUGGAAAUUUAGGAAAUAUGAAUGAAAUUUUUGUGUGUUUUUAGAUAUUGUAAUCAAUAAAAUUAAUAUGCAAAAGUUAAAAGAA